AACGGUGUAUUAAUGACUUUAUAUUUUCGAAAACUCUCGGAAUUUAUAGAAAACCGAUGCUAAUAGUGCAGAUUCUUAAUUAACUCGUUUCCUAAGGCCAUACUAAAGGCUCGCCUAAUGAACACGCAUGUAGUGCGUGCGCGGCGUCGCAGCAGAAACACGACGCUUUCGAAGUAAUUUGUAGCAAUCUGCGUCAUAAUCAAAAGUCCCCUUCCACUUCCGUUUCAGGUGCACGCAACCGAGCCCCGGUCGACAGCCUCCGGGGGACCAUGAGCAGAUCCUGAUCGCCGAGCAGUCGUGGGCCGCGAAGGGAUGGACUCGGCGGGUCGACGCCAGCGAGAGAAUAGACUCGAGCAUCGAUAACGAUACGGGAGCAGACUGACAUCGUCAUCGUCGUCGUCGUCUAGAAGAAUCCCCUCGAGACCGUUGCGAAAUCCUCCGUCCGCGCUCUUUGCCAGCCCCCCUUCCCCCCCCGCUCGUCGUCGCCGCCGAUCGGAUCUGGAGGAUGAGCAUCGUAGCCAUCGCCCGCAGGAACUGGGCGCUACGCCUGUCAGUGGUGCUGAACGUGUGCGUGUUGCUGUACGUGUGCGCCCAUAUCGGCUCAUCCGGACCGUGGAUCGAGGAACCGCCGACCAACUGGGCGGCGGCGGCGGCGCCGCUGCAAUCGGAUGCCUACGGCGGCGACCGCCUGAACGACCUUGUGAACGGGACCCAGAAGGGCGCCGCCGCAUCGUCCUCUUUGUCCUCCGCGACCGUCGGCGCCACCAAUAAUGCAGCGCCGACAAACAACGGCGGCGCCGGCCGUCCCCUCAGGAUUAGCGUCGUCACGACGCCUCCCAACGGGGCCAAGGCCGAGGCUGUGGACAAGCCACAGGAGCAUCCGCGUAAUCAGACGGUGAGGAACAGCACGGUGAGCCUCGCGCGCGAGCCGAUGAGCCUGAAGGAGGCCGUGCCCUGCAACGAGAAGUCGACCGAGCCAAGGCGGGCGCAGCGCGGCGACUACUGGGUCCUGUACAAUUACGUGCCGAUGAGCAUGGCGGUGAAAUGCUGGGAGAGCGUGACAUACACCACGCACGCCGACUACACGUUCCUCGACAAUCUGGAGCCGCUGCUGGAGCGCUGGCGAGCGCCGAUAUCGAUCGCCAUGCAUGCACCCGGCACCGAUUUUCCGGCGACCCUCGACGCCAUCAGGUACUCGAGGAACUGCGGCACCCCCUUGGUCUCACAGCUGGUGACCUUCCACGUCUUCUUCAGCAGUAAACACGUGCCAAAAGUGAUACCGUCGUCGGAGAAGAUCGCCUCCGACACAUACAACUGCUCGCUCGGGCCUCCGUGGGUGAACGUCAGUCUCGCGAAGAUGUACAAGAACGAGAAGAAGCUGCUGUAUCCGGUGAAUGUGGGUCGCAACAUAGCGCGCGAAUCCGCGCCCACCUUCUACGUGUUCCCCAGCGACAUCGAGCUGUACCCCAGCCCGAACCUGCCCGCCAAGUUCCUGGAGAUGAUCCGCAGACGGGAUCAGCCGGCUCUCGACAAGCCCAAUCCCAAGGUCUUCGUGCUGUCCAUCUUCGAGGUGGAUGAGAAGAGCCAGCCGCCUAACAAUAAGACUCGUCUGAUACAGAUGCUGAAAGCGGGCACCGCGAUACCCUUUCAUAAAAAAUUAUGCUCCGGCUGCCAUAAUGUGCCGAAGAGCAAGGAGUGGCAGGAAGCGCCAGAAACCGAGGAUCUGCAUGUGUUCCAUGUCGGCAAAAGGACUGGUAGCUUCGUACACUGGGAGCCGAUCUUUAUCGGGACCAAUAACGAUCCUCUUUAUGAUGAAAGACUCAGUUGGGAGGGGAAGAGUGAUAAAAUGACGCAGGGUUACGCGCUCUGCGUUCUCGAUUACGAUUUCCUCAUUCUGGACAAUGCCUUCUUGGUACAUCGGCCCGGCAUCAAGAUCUUCAAGAAGGAUCCGCAUCGCGACAUGCUCACCGCCAAAACGAACGCAUUAAUUAAGAAGAUCAUAAUGCCGGAGCUAAAAGUGUUGUACGGCACGAGAAAAGGCUGCGCCGUGUAGCCCGUAGAGUCGCGAGCACGUCGGCGCGUGCUCUAUAGAUGCCCAUCUGUACGGUGGGAGCAUUUGCGAUCCUCGCUGUCGUCAGUAAUUUCAUCAUCUGUAAAACCAUCAUCGUCAUCAAGUCUUGUCGCGCGACAACAAAUCAUCCGGACUCGUAGCGGAUUAAUACUGCGACUCGCUCUGGAUCUUCGAAAUCGUGUUCACGUGCGUUCGAUGCGACCCCCUCGCGAGUGGGUCUGAGAAAAAUUCGCUACGAUUUAUAGAGAACUUUUCUCUUUCUCUCUCUCUUCUAAUUAUGCCAACUCAACGGUGCCGAAUGAACAAACGAAUUAUUACAUAAGUAUAACUCGAUGAGUUUAGAACAAUAUUGUUUCACGGACACGUUUCGUGCUCGCGCGACAAGCGUCCCAAACAGCACAAAAUGUUCUAAAAUUAUCCAGGAUGUCCUGAAUGUUUUAGAAUAUCCUGAGUAGAUCCAGAUUGUUCGCAGAAUGUUUUGUGCUGUUUGGGGUUUUAUAUUGCGAUCAUCGUCAUUGUUGUCAUUACGUUAUCUUCGUCUUUAACACAAUCGGUAUUAUAGUGUCUUACGAGAAACGUCGAGACAACGCGAAGGGCGAAGAUUGCACGAAAGAAAUAAUGUACGUCACGACGCUCAAAUAUUCUCUCGGUGGUAAUUCUCUAGCUUUCGUAAAAGAAUACUUAGCGCGUAAAGGAAUCGUACCACGUAUUUUUCACUCAGAUAAAUCUCUAUAGUUGUACAUAAUGACAAGGUGCCUCAUACAUUUCAGUGUGUUUACAGGAUUACUGCACUUUCGGUGAAAGUUACAAACGAACGGUGCCAGUUCCGAUGCGACUUCAUGGAUCGUGACCGUCGAUGCUAUGAUCGAAGCAAAUUGCAGGUUAUCUAUUUAGGAAUCCGAUGUUCGUAGAAUACCAAUUACAUUUUGGACAAUACAGCCAACAAUUUUACAGAAUUCUAUGUAAAAUAAUCUUACAAAAUUAACCUGUUUACUCAUCUUUGUUUAAGAUUUUGCGAAUUUUCUCCAAGAGUUUUAAAAUUAAUAGACAAUGCUAUCUAAUCAUAUUAAAACUGUUGCUGUUAAAUUUCUUUUUUACAAUAUAUACUUAACUAUAUCUUAAAUAUAUCUUUUUAGAUAAUCUAUACUUCAAUUGUGUAUUUCAAACAAUAGAUAUAUUUUUUUCCUUUUUUUUUUCGUUUUUAUUUUUCAUACAGCAACUUAAUUCAUUUAGAAUAUGUUCAGUCUACAUUAACUGAUGGACUUGGAUUGAACUAAAUGUAAUUGCAUAUAGAUAAGCCAAACGCAUUAAAAGUUCGCAAUCCGAGCUAUUCACCAGUUAAAUCGCACAUGUAUAUGGCGCUCACAAUUCGAGCUAUUCACCAACACGGCGAACACGGCUUUCCUUCUGCCUAUAGACAUUGAAACAAGAACUUGGCAAGUGUGGAAUUAUUCAUGAAUGAAGGAAAAAAAAAUCACCGUCCAAGACUGAAGGAUAUUUGAUAUAAAUUUUCUAGGUCUUCUUCCAGUGAGUUGCCUGAUCGAUGAAUCAUUAAUUAUUUAUCUUUGUUAGCGUAACGUCAUACUUUCGGACUCCAUUUAAGUAUCUUAUUUCGUGAUGGAUAAUCAUAUAUUUUCGCGAGUGAGAAGACAGAACGACAGAACAUGAUCGGGUCGGAUUGCGAACAGUUAAUCCGGUCGACGCGUAAUUUAUUUGUUGUAUUUGCAAUAAGAAGCGAUUCUACAAAAAGAAAACGAGGAAAGUCUUAUCUUGUAAAUUCGUUCUUAUACACCAAGAAAAAAUACGAUAAAUUUACUGACUUCGGCGAUCGCGCAAGCGAGUAAUAUUUUUUAAUAACUACAUUAAGUGAUAACGUUUUACUCAUAUAAAAAGCAACGUUUUUCUGAUAUAAAGAAAGAAUAUAAUCGUAUCCGAAAAUAAUUACGUUCUACAAAAUAAAUCACUAUUUAAGAGUGAAUAGUAUAGUUCUAAAAAAAGUAAUCUUUCGUAAAGUUUCGGUAGUCUUUUCGAGAACUGAUAGACUCUAUCGAUGUUUUAUGCGAUCAGCUGAGAAAUGUUAAAGGUGUUCCUUGCAAUAUCGUAAAAAAAAUUUGAGAACGCUGCCAAGUAAGACGUUUAACUCAUUUCCUUUUCUUUCUUUCUAAUCUUCAUUUUUCGCGAUAAUUAUGCUGACGCGAAAUGCGAUACAAUUGGAAUUUUUGUAGCGAACUAACGCUAUUGUAUAUAUAAGACGUAAGCGCAUAAUAUGAACCGUAUACUUUUCUAUCGUCACCCCGAGUAAUAUGACCAGCGAAUGUACAUACGAUCUUUCGUAAUUAUUAUAAGACUUGAAUAAGAAUAGUUGAGUCAGUACGUAAUGUGUCGAGAAUAAUUAGUUUGGGCGAUUUUUCAAUCGAAGCGAGAUGCUGACUCAUUUUUUUGUGAUAAUAUUAGGGCACAAAGUAAUUAAUAUUCCUGUAAUCGUCCGCUUUGUCUGCUGUAAAAGGCAUCCUUGAAAUCGAAUAUCAUAUGAUUUCUCGCAUAAUAAUGUAGCAUAAUCAUUGAGGCUGUUAAUUAAUUUUUCUAAGAAUUACCACGAUUUAUUAUUAAUAUAUCAUAAUUUAUUUAUGAAUAUAUUGAUUGAUAAAUUUAUCAAUAGAUCAGAUUUAAUACGUCAAAAGUAUAUAAUCUCGUUUUGUUUACAUUACUUUUACUUAAGAAUUUGUAUAUUGAACAUUAAACUAUUUUUUCUAUAAGUAUCUGUAUAAGUAUCUAUAUAAAAGCACAAUUUUUUGAACAAUUCGGAAAUUAUUUAAUUUUUAAAUUUACAUUGAUUUUUCUAUAGAGAAAAAUUGCAACAGUAAUAUUAGAACUUAAUUUAAAUUGAGGACAUAUAUUCUAUUUUAAAAUUAUUGAUUUAAUAUACAUAAUGUUAUGUUAUAGAUCCUGAUCUGAUACUUUUUCUCGCACAUACAUCAUUCAGGUGCAAAUAAAGUUACAAACUGCAAA